GUGUUGCUGAGGCUGGCCAUGGAGAUUGGUCGGAAGGUCUAAAGAAUCCUCCUGUAUGUAGAGAUCCUGAAACACCGAUUAAGGAUCACUUGAUCCCCACCCCACAGGCUCCCAGCAUCGCUUUCCCACUGGCUAACCCUCCUGUGGCACCGCAGCCCAAAGAAAAGGCUGUUACAGAAGAUGAGAAGGCUGCUGAAGAACCAGAAAACCACCGCAAAUUCCAGCUGUCUUCCCUUAAUCCUCAAGAAAGAUUUGAUUACUGCCACCUGAUUGAGGAAUUAGGUGGAGUAGUACUAGAGAAACAGUGCUUCGAUCCGAGUUGCACACACAUUGUUGUGGGACAUCCCCUUCGCAAUGAAAAAUUCUUGGCUUCGAUGGCAGCUGGGAAGUGGGUGCUGCAUCGUUCCUACCUGGAGGCAUGCAGAGGAGCCGGCUGCUUCGUUCAGGAAGAAGAUUACGAGUGGGGAAGCAAUUCUAUACUUAAUGUUUUGCCUGGAAUUAAUGUGAACCAGAAGAAACUAGCGCUUGCAGCCAUGAGGUGGAGGAAAAAAAUUCAUAAAGGGAGGCAAGAAACUGGCGUUGUGGAGGGAGCUUUCAGUGGCUGGAAAGUGAUCCUGAAUGUCGAUCAGACCAAAGCAGCAGGAUUCAGGCGCCUUCUUCAGUCAGGAGGAGCAAAAGUGUUUUCCGGUCACUCUGCAUCUCUCUUUAAAGAAGCGACACAUCUCUUCGCUGACUUCAGCAAGCUGAAGCCGGAGGACGCCAGGGUUGGUGUAGCAGAGGCAGCAGCCCAAGGGGUGAACUGCCUGAGACCCGAGUUCAUUGCUGACUACCUCAUCCAGGACCCACCUCCCCCCAUGGAGUCGUACUGCCUGCCAGAAGCCGAGUCCUACCUUUCGAAUAACACAGACCUCGGAACUGGAUCAUCCCAGAAGAGAAAAGCACUGGGAGAAAUGAGCAGAGUCAAGCGAUCCAGAAUGCACUGAGCAAAUUCCGUGCUUGCUUUUUUAAUUUGUACAUUUUAAAAUCCUUAUUUAUAUUCUCACUACAAAAAUUAAAAGCAUUGAG